AAACUAGAAAAACAUAUCAACCAAACUAAAAGAAACAUAUACAAAGUAAACUUUAAUUCUAUUCUCAUUUCAUCUCAAACUCGUAUCAACUCUCCCAACUCAAGCCUCCACCAUCCUCAGCUACUGUCAUUGUCGCUGCUGCCGCCUUCUCAGCCGCUGCUCCACACACCAUAAAGGGAGCAGCAGAACACAGUAGCAUGAACAUUCCUGCAAGAAUUGCAGACAAAUUCCCGCUUCUCUCAGCUCGUCACUCUUUCCGAGGUUUUCCCAGACUUGGGUUGGCGCCAUUUUUGACUCAGAAAAGGAAUAUAGGAAUUGGGUAUCAAAAGAAGAUGGCUUGGAGUUUACAGAGAAGUAAUAAUGUGGACACUGCGGAUAAGUUAGGGGUUGUUCGUCCUGCCACUGAAUUGUAUGCUGAGGAGGCAGUUGAAGCACUUAAAGCUGGCAAAGUUAUUGCAGUACCCACAGAUACUCUCUAUGGAUUUGCUUGUGAUGCUUGCUCUUUGGAAGCAGUUAAUAGGAUUUAUGAGAUCAAAGGACGUAAGCAUACAAGCCCACUUGCAAUCUGCAUCGGAGAUGUAUCGGACAUAAAGCAUUUUGCGGUGACUGAUCACCUGCCUAAUGGCUUACUUGAUUCUCUACUCCCAGGGGCUGUUACUGUUGUAUUAAACAGAGGUGAGUCAAGUGCUCUUGAGAAGUCUUUGAAUCCAGGAUUGGAUACUAUUGGAGUUCGAGUGCCUGAUUGCAAUUUCAUCAGGGAAAUUGCUCAUGGUUUGGGAAGAGCUGUGGCCCUCACAAGUGCAAACCUUAGUGGGAAGCCAAGUAGCGUUUGCAUCAAGGAUUUUGAGAAUCUAUGGGAACAUUGUGCAUAUGUCUAUGAUGGUGGAGUGCUUCCAUCCGGCCGGGAAGGAUCUACAGUUGUGGACCUCAGCAGGCUAGGAAAGUACAAGAUUCUUAGACCUGGAAGUGCAAAGGAAGAGACGGUGGAAAUCCUGGAAAAGCACUCUCUAGUUGAGGAAGUGACAACAAUUUGAAGAAAGAUAUUUUUUGUACGGAUUUGCUGCACUUAUGACAAAUUGAGAAUGGUUUCAGUUGUGCAAGUGAAGAUCCACGUUUGUGCUUCAGUUCACCAAUUGUAUUUUAUUAUUCUUGGAUGGCUCAAGUUCUCUUUAGGUUCUAAUGAGUCUGUAUAUACAUUCUAGUAGAUACUUCUUGGAGGAGGCAAUCGACAAAGAUUACAUCAUUUAAUUUUUUAACCAGUGCAUCAAUGGGUUUGCAACUCA